AUGGCUAGCGAAGCCAAACAGCGCGAUCAUGAUCUCUUAUCGUUCAUGUCCACUUUUCUCAUAACGCAUCAACGUCUCGAUCUUUCCUUGACGCUCCUCAGCGUUCUAAUCGACGACGCGAGUAUCGACGUCCAAGUCCGAUCCAACAAAGGCGGUUAUUUCUCAGUAUGCCUCGCAAGAUCGAAAGAUCUCCUUGAGGCCCGGUUCCUCAAUCGCAACGAUGACCUAUUGCCAGAAGCCACAAAUCUACCUGAACUUGUUGCUGUCAAGAUUCCGCGGCCGGAUGGUGAUCUAAACAGUGCUAGGAGUCGCAAGAUGUGGUCUUCUAUGGCGAUGGAGUUGCAGAUCCUGCGAAACAAGUUUAUCAAGAACCAUCCGAAUAUCGUGCAAUUAUUGGGAAUCUGCUGGAAGUCUGUCAAGGAUGGAGUUUUGAUGCCUUCAUUUGUACUUGAAGCAGCAGAAAUUGAUCUGGAAAAGUUCUUGGACAAUCCGAAAGCCGUGGAGUAUCGCAAGGUAUUGGGUCUUGCUGUGGAUAUCGCUACUGGUGUUCGGGCCCUACACGACGUUGGAAUCAUUCACGGUGACAUCAAACCAGCAAACGUUCUCAUAUUCAGAGAUCCCCAGCUCACGUAUGUCGCCAAAAUUGCUGAUUUUGGAUCAUCUCUCCUUCGAUCAGACAUCAAAUCUCCCAUGAAGCUCCCUUUUGGCUCAGGAUUCUGGCAAGCACCUGAAUGCCGGGACCAUUUGGACGGUGACCAACUUACCAAAGCGGAUGUAUACUCUGUCGGCCUAGUUCUAUGGCGACUGCUCGCUGGAGAUAUGAUGCACUUAUUACUAGACUCAGUAAAAGACGAUGGUCUGACGAGAGAUGCGUUCUUCGAACAGAUGAAACGAAAUGAUGAGAAGAGGAUUCCAGCUACGGUUUAUCAUUGUCUUAUGCGAAUGGAGGAUAUCCUCGGUCCCGAAGAGAAGACAGAGCCUUCCAAGAGCAUGUAUUCGAUCCACAAGGUUGUUGAUGACAUGGCCUCUGUUAUCAUGAUGACAUUAGUUCAGCCGAAAUCUCGUUCCAGUAUGAAAGCACUGCUGGAGAAUAUGCGAAUCGUCAUGCAUCAGUAUCUCAUAUGGGAAGAGUUCCGCGGGCUCUAUACGGAGGACUUCAAAAAGAGUGGACCUAUUAAAAUGAACCCACAAGAGCAGGACAUAUGGCUUCAGCCAGGCCUUGAUGAGCCGACCGAAGAUGAUAUCAAGAGAGUCCUACGACUAGGAAGGUCGACGGAGUGGCUCAAUCAGACCACCAGUCACAUCAAACAUGGUGGAAGCGUUUCGGAUCUCCCUGGAAUCGAUCAAGUACCCGAGAGUGUCGCCGCUACUCAUGUUGCCGAAACUUGGAAGCGAUGGCGGAAGCUCAGAGAUCCGAAGCCCGACGAGGCGAUAACCCUUCGGCAGGGAAGAGCCGUUCUAGAGGCAGAUUCUUCCAUGGGGACACUCAGGGUCCUACCACCCGGGAUCAUAAGCAAUGUCAUGCGAGAAGUGAAGAGGGUCGCACAAGAUCCCAAGGAAGAACAAGCUCGUCGUACAGAAGCAGCUUGGCAGUACUCAAUGUUCAAUCUGCGAACUGUUCAGCUCCAUUCCAAAAGCCAAGCGGAAGAAGGGCACUACGGCGCUCGUGGUAUUGUUGGCCACCUAUACGUCUCCCUAAGACGGGAUUUCCCAAGGUCGAGAGAUAUCGAGCUAGCGUGGCUGAGGGAUGGUAUUUGCCACGGCAGUGAGACUGCGAAACGCCGCUUACAGGCCCUGGAUCCAGACUUGUACACCCAAGCAACCGACUUACUGCGUACAAGAUACUCUGGUCUUGGAAUUGAAACUCCACUGCAAUAUUGGGAUCAAAAGACGCUUGCGGACCACGAACUAUUUCACGAGACUCGAAUCCGUCACCGAAUCGGCAUGGAUGCUAAUCAAGGCCAAACUGUACUUCUCUGUGCCAUGUCCAACCGCCUUGAGCUCUUGAAACAAUUAACGGACCAUGGGCUUGUCAAUGUCAACCAUGUGAACGAAUGGAAUGAAUCCCCUCUUCUUUGGGCUUCAAGAGCAGGGCACAGGGACGUGGUCUUUCAUCUCUUGAGUUGUGGUGCUGAUCCCUCGGUCGCAAGCGAUGAAAGAACUACUCCGCUUCAUUUUCUCAGCUCUUUCGACGACGUUGAUAUUCCUGAGGUAUGUCGACGGUUGGUUGAGGCUGGUGCAGGUCUGGAAGCGCGUUCAAAGGCUGGACAUCGCUAUCGACAAGGCCUGGAUUCAACGUACGGUGAUGUUGACGGAACACCAUUGACAUGGGCCGUCGCCACGAAUAAUAGUGUCGCAGCCCAGGCCUUGGUCACCUCUGGCGCUGAUCCAUUUGAUCUUCCUGGUCUGGAGUUUUCGUAUUCUGAUACCUUUGGUGGCAUGUCCCAUGUCUCCCCCGUCUGGUUUGCCGCGAUGAACCAUCAAUACUACAUGCUUGAGAUCUUACUGCGGAAUGUAGCUAAAGAGAAGAUCAAGGACUUCCUCGACACGUACCAACGGAAGUUUGGGUCGAAUGACAGUUCGGGACAGGACAACCCCAUCAUCGCUUGGUGCGUAACAUAUGCUGCGCAGGGUAUAGGCAGAAGAGUUCUCUUCCAUGGUAAAUACCAUCAGGAAGCAUUUGUGAAGACUUUCGAUUUGCUGGUAGACUACGGCGCUGAUACAGACGACGUCCAUCGCCUGGCUGUUCAACACGGGCAGCCAUUCGUGCUGGACUAUCUUUUCGGUUCUGGAAAAAUACCGAGACCAACACCGCGGAAGUGGAUGGAGUUCAUUCUCAUCGCGGGAGCGACACAAGAUUGGAUCACAUUUGAUGUGCUGCUUUGUUACUCGCAAGCAGACGACCUCUCACCAGAGCAGUGGCAUCUUUACCAUGGGUCGUUCAGAGGUUUGCCGAACAAUGUUGAGUAUCUCGACGUAUUCAGGAAGCAUAGAGACCCCAAAACGGAUUACUAUCUUCACUACACCAAAGCCCUCAUGAGUGGAAAGUUCAUCCUCGCUCGCUGGUUUUACGACACUGGUUUGUGUGAUCUUACACAGCAAGUCAGCACAUCAGACGAGACCAUUUUGGGCUUACUCCUCCGUCGCUGUAAAUCCUACUCUAACGCUAUUCUCCAGCUCGAACAGGUCUUAAAACUGGAUCUUCCCGAUUCGUGCUUGUGGGAUGUUGCGUAUUUCCCUGAGUAUCAGACCAGUAGUACCAUGGCCAACGCAGCGCUGAGGCUGAUCGUUCAGAAAUGGUAUGAGCCAGAGCAUCUCAACGCUCAAGUUGCAGAGGGCGAGUUCAAGGGGAGAACUGCACUGCACAUCGCCGCACUGACAGCCAACGUUGGAGCUGUUCGGUAUUUGCUUCAAGAGGAAGAAGAGUCCCUUGACUUGACGUUAUUGGACUGCAACAACUUCAGCAUCGUCGACACAGCAGCCUGGGGAUUGAUGAGUCAACAAAGUCGUAUCAAACUGUGGGAUCUGCCGACGGAGUACCACAAGUCUGCUGAUUUAGAUCACUGGAGAAACGUCAUGGAGAUUCUAGUGCGGCUGCUGAAAGCUGGGGCGAAGCCGAAUAAGAUCGGCCUUGCGGUGACGAGGACUGAGCAGGAAAAGAUUCAGGUCUUUGAUCUUGAGAGGUUCAAAGUUUAUACAGUUCCAUUUAUGUUCUUUGGAGACAAGUUCCCGAGGGAAUUGGAAGGGGAGAGAUUCUGGGUUGAGGUUUCAAAGUUGAAGGUUGAUCAGACAUUUUUUAUUGCGACCUUGGAGAAUUUGAGUGAUGAGGAGAGGGAUGCCGGAGUCAUGACCAGGGUUGCGUCUUUUUAUUGA